UUAGUGGCCCGACGGAAGAAGGAAAGUAGGUCAGAGUGUGUUUAUGUCACAGUUGCGUCUGAGGCGCAGAGCGGAGCGGAGCACAGGAGCGUCACCGGGGGAAAAGGGGCGCAGAUCCGGGCUCAGGAGGAGGAGGAGGAGAAGCGUUACCUAAGUAGAAAAAGCGAAUGAUCUAAUGGCGGACCAAAGAAUGGACAUCUCCUCCACGAUAAACGACUUCAUGUCUGGUUCCACGGAGAUGAUCAGUAGCUCUGUAGGUCCACCAGGCGUGGACUACACACGCAAGAGGAAAGGCAGUGCCACAGAGUACCAAAUCGAUGGAUUUUCAUUCGAUGACGGUAUGGACACAGAUAAAGAUAAACAACUAGGAAGAGAAGAUCAGCAGGGCCGGAUAAAACACGCCAGGGAAGCGCACAGUCAGAUCGAAAAGAGGCGGAGAGAUAAGAUGAACAGUUUUAUAGACGAGCUGGCGUCGCUACUUCCCACGUGCAACGCCAUGUCGCGCAAACUGGACAAGCUCACGGUCCUGCGCAUGGCCGUGCAACACAUGAAGACGCUACGAGGAACUACGAACCCGUACACCGAAGCGAACUACAAGCCUGCGUUUUUAUCCGACGACGAACUGAAGCACCUGAUACUUAAAGCUGCCGACGGCUUCCUGUUCGUUGUAGGAUGCGAUCGCGGCAAAAUCCUGUUCGUCUCGGAGUCGGUGUAUAAAAUUCUGAACUACAGCCAGAACGAUCUGAUUGGUCAGAGUCUGUUCGACUACUUGCAUCCGAAAGACAUCGCCAAAGUGAAGGAGCAGCUUUCAUCGUCCGAUACGGCGCCCAGAGAACGACUGAUCGACGCCAAGACUGGUUUGCCUGUAAAGACAGACAUCACCCCCGGUCCCUCCAGACUCUGCUCUGGAGCUCGUCGUUCCUUCUUCUGCAGGAUGAAAUGUAACCGGUCGUCUGUCAAAAUGGAGGACAAAGACUUUCCCUCCACCUGCUCCAAGAAAAAAGUCGACCGGAAGAGCUUCUGCACCAUCCACAGCACGGGUUACCUUAAGAGCUGGCCUCCUACCAAGAUGGGCCUGGACGAGGACAACGAACCCGAUAACGAGGGCUGCAACCUGAGCUGCCUGGUGGCCAUCGGCCAUCUGCACCCCCACAUUGUCCUACAGCCGGUGAACGGAGAAAUCCGCGUCAAACCCACCGAGUACGUCUCCCGUCACACCAUCGACGGCAAGUUUGUCUUCGUCGACCAGAGAGCGACGGCCAUUCUGGCAUAUUUACCUCAGGAGCUCUUGGGAACAUCCUUCUAUGAGUAUUUCCAUCAGGAUGACAUCGCACAUCUCGCCGAAUGCCACAGACAAGUUCUACAGAUGAGAGAAAAAAUCACCACGAACUGUUACAAGUUCAAGAUCAAAGAUGGGUCCUUCAUCACCCUGAGAAGCCGCUGGUUCAGUUUCAUGAACCCCUGGACCAAAGAUGUGGAGUACAUCGUCUCUACCAACACCGUGGUCUCAGGCAGUGUGCUGGAGGGAACAGACGCCGGCUAUCCGCAAUCAGCUUCGUCUCCUCAGAGCAUGGACAGUGUCCUGACAUCCAGAGACGGCGGAGGGAAACGUGCUCUCCAGACGGUUCCGGGCAUCCCGGGAGGCACACGACCCGGGGCGGGUAAAAUCGGCCGUAUGAUUGCAGAGGAGGUGAUGGAGAUCCAGAGGAUUCGAGGCUCGUCUCCGUCUAGCUGUGGUUCCAGCCCGCUCAAUAUCACCAGCACCCCUCCACAUGACACCUGCUCACCAGGGGGCAAGAAAAUUCAGAACGGAGGAACCCCUGAGCUGCCGUCCAGCGGAACCGUCCCCGGACCGGACUCGAUAGGAUACCCGUACUCCAACAACUCCAUAAUGAGUGAUCACUCUCACCUGAGCAUCGACAUCAUGGACGAGCCGGGCUCCAGCAGCCCCAGUAACGACGAGGCAGCCAUGGCCGUCAUCAUGAGCCUGCUGGAGGCCGACGCAGGCCUCGGAGGUCCCGUGGACUUCAGCGAUCUGCCCUGGCCUUUGUGAGCGUUUGCUCCCGGUCGGAUUUCCGAAAGAAAGACUUGAGCCUCGACACUGAGCGGGAAUCGUGCAAAUACACAUGCUCUUGUGAAAUGGAGAACUUGCAUCACUGCUGCAGAUCCUCACCACACACACACACACACACACACACACACACACACACUUCCUGAAUCUCUGUACAUAUUGUUUUCAUCCUCCUCUGAAAGAGAGACCUUCAUCUUUGUGGUUCAUGUUUUUACACUACACAACGGUAUCAACGUUAACUAUUCCAUCAGCAUAAAAUUACAUUUUUAUUUUC